AUGGUGAUGUUCAUGAUCUCGGGCGUGCUUCUUUCCGAGGCUGGCCAUGCCGUCUCUCUCGACGACCGGGCAAGAGUGGCGGAGACAAGCCUGGGUCUGUGGGUGGAGCGAAGGAGAUGGGUGGCCCCAUACGCGGGGAGCCUCGGGUCCCUGUUUGAGGGGCCCCUAAGGGGGGAAGCGCUCAUGCGAGCGCCGCUGGAGCUGAGGAACCAGGCUGUCAAGCAAGCGGAAGGCUGGGCAGUGAGACUGGUGGCAGCCAUCCGCUCAGAAGCACCGGCGGAUGGCGGUGGCGGGGGAGAUGGCGUCGCUGGUAACGGGGAUGGGGGUCACGGGGGAGCGGGGGGAACGGUUGGGGCUGUAACUGACUCCGCUUCGGCUACCGCCGGCGGAGUUGGGUCGACGUCCGGGGUGUCUGGGCCCGUGCGGCCUUCAGGAGGGAAGCAGGUGCCCAAUACCAGGAGGGCACCUCAACGUCGUGCUGUCGGACAUCAAGAGGGGCGCGGACGCGGCGGUGUUGUGCUCGAAGGAGACUUGUGGCCGUCGACAAGGAGACGUAAAGGAGGGCUUCAAGCGCUGCGGACGCUGUCGCACCACCGUUUAUUGUUCGAAAGAUUGCCAGGUAGCGCACUGGAAAGAAAAACACAAGAUGGAGUGCAAGAAAAAAUGACGAGCGCAAGCGCCCUUUCCCACCGCCAGUCGAGUCGGCUGCACACACGGCGGUACCGACUAAGUAGAUUAAUCAACCUCCGGCGGAGUUAGAUUUGUGGUGCCUCACAGGGGACGAACGAGUUUACACUUCGUGUUGCAAAAAUUGAUGCCGUGGGGCGAAGAAAAACUUGCUUGCGUACUCGAGCAACGUACGUAUGUACACGAACCGCCCAAGCGGUCGUGGGGAAGCUGGGCUCGUGGCUUCGAGGGGCGGUGGGAUGGGGUUGAGGUCAGGGGAGUAUUCAAUAGCUGGGGAGAGCUACACAACUCCGAUCUCGUCGUUCUGUGUUUUUUCCAGUGUGUCUUUGGUGAGUGUGUUACGUCCCGUCAUACAUAGUGCCCAUUCAGCCUGAGUUGCGUUUUUUGUCAUACCGUGUCGAGUAUGGGUGUGUCAAACCCGGUGGUCUGAAACAUGCGCGCACUUCACGUACUUGCUCUGUGUGUGCAGCCUAGAGAACGUUUGUCUACCUCCUUCCUAGCUACGAGACUCAGCACGGCUAGGAGAUUCCAUGUCAGCUUCGACGGUAGUCCUGACGGCUAUUGCAUGCAUGCUCGAAAAAGGCAUUAUUUGCACCGUUCAAGGGCGUGUGAAUGGCGUCCUUUGCCGUUGUAAGGUUUGGACACGAAAGUAGAUGCGCCGGGGGGAAGUGCUCUCCCCACCCGAAGGGACUGCUGUGUGGUCGAAAUCCGUGUUUCGUUUUUGUUCGCCGCCUGAACUCAAUUCAUUCCACGGUUUUUUCGCGAUGGGUGGGACGAUCUGUUCUUGUCUGUCGGUGUUGGCAGUGUAGUUCGUGUGUACA